GUCUCGUUGCAUCACAUACACUCACAGUCUGAUAUAUAAGAACAGCUGUCAGUUCCGAUGGUUCAGUUAUUUUAGCAUCGGCUCUACAACGUAGCUUCAACCAUGAGGAGUCUAAUGUUUCUUUCAUUGGUGACAGCGACUGCGGUGGCAUCAACUCUGAGGACAAUUUGCCUAAAUCCAGAUCUUGACGGUUUCUUUACCAAUAAACUAUUCAAUGGCACCUGGUAUGAGAUCGGCAAGAUGCAGACGAAAGGUGGGGCAUACUUCCAGAAAGGUUGCAUGUGCGAUGUGACGGAAGUGACGCUACAAGACCCUGUCGUCGGGAACGGGACAGUAACAUACACUUGUAGAAAGGAUAGUGUUGACGGGGCCGAGAGUCAGCAACAGACGGGCUCUCGCUUGAUAUACGAUGGGACUCCCGGUCACUUCCUGCAAGUCUACUCGUAUCCUUUCUCUCCUGCUCUCAACUACAAUGUAGUCUACAUAGAUGAGGAUUCCGCAAUCGAGUAUGACUGCGGGGAAAUGCUUGGUAUGGGCAACUACUGCGUUCACUUCAUGUCGAGGCAGCCUACUAUGGCUGCAGAAAAGCUUCAGGCACUGAAGGAAUUAGUGGAUGUAAUGGGCUUGAACACGGACGGGCUAGAGUACGAAGCUAUAAGGCAUGACGGAUGUUGGUAGAGCUGUAUAUAUAACGUGUUUGAAUGCGUCUGUGUUGUUUCAUAGAGAGCAAUUGUAUAUUUAAAGAGUGCUUUAUUUCA